UUGGUGUCAAUUGCCUUAUAAUUGAUAUAACCAUUAGGUAGUGAUAUAACCAAUUGUUAAUCAUUGAAUUUAUUAUAUUUAUCAUAUGAGUUAUGAUUAUAAUAAUAAUAAUAAUAGUAUGGGAAGGGAUGUAAGGGAUAAUAGUGUCUAUAAGAUCGUGGGAUGAGUUGGUAGUGAUGGCAGAGUAGGUGUCAUAUCAAGGCUAUACUUAAUGUCACGGCCGUUGGUUUCACCCGAACAUCUCGGGAGUGGACGCCGAGAGGAUGUUAAUGGAGAGGGGUUUUGAGGGCAGUUUCCUGGCCCGACCGUCCAAAUCAAAUCCGGGUGAUUUCACACUAUCUGUCCGACGCAAUGGUCAGGUGACGCACAUUAAAAUACAAAAUACCGGCGAUUAUUAUGAUCUCUACGGCGGCGAAAAGUUUGCCACUUUAGCUGAAUUGGUUCAGUACUAUAUGGAAAAUAUGGGACAACUCAAGGAAAAGAAUGGCGAAGUGAUUGAACUCAAGUUUCCGCUCAACUCAUCUGAUCCCACCUCUGAACGCUGGUUUCACGGACCACUUUCUGGUAAAGAAGCCGAACGAUUGGUACUCGACAAAGGCAAGAAUGGGAGCUUCUUGGUUAGGGAAAGUCAAAGCAAACCUGGAGAUUAUGUACUUACAGUUAGGACGGAUGAUAAAGUAACACACGUUAUGAUUAGAAGUCAAGAUAAUAAGUUUGAUGUGGGAGGGGGUGACAAGUUUGACAGCUUAAGUGAAUUAGUUGAACACUACAAGAAAAACCCAAUGGUUGAAACCACUGGAACUGUUGUCCACUUAAAGAAUCCGUUUAACGCCACUCGCAUUACUGCAUCCACUAUUGAAAACAGGGUUAAAGUAUUGAUUAAAGAAAAUGUACAAAACAGUGGAAAAGCAGGAUUUUGGGAGGAGUUUGAGUAUUUACAACAACAAGAGUGCAAACAUUUAUAUUCCCGUAAAGAGGGACAAAAACCCGAAAAUCGGUCCAAAAAUAGAUAUAAAAAUAUACUUCCCUUUGAUUAUACACGAGUGAUACUCGGAGAUGUUGACAGUACACCCGGUGCUGAGUAUAUUAAUGCUAAUAUAAUAACGAUUGACGAUGAAAAUAACAGUCCAGACAAUAACAGAAAAACAUAUAUUGCAACUCAGGGUCCGCUUACUAAUACAAUCAGUGACUUUUGGUGGAUGGUUUGGCAAGAAAAUUGUGCAGUUGUUGUUAUGACCACUAAAGAGAUUGAAAGAGGAAAAAACAAAUGUGUCCGCUAUUGGCCAGAUAGGGGACAAACCAAAGAAUAUGGAAAAAUCACUGUUAAAAUUAUGAGUGAAAAGCCAACCAUUGAUUACACUUUAAGAGAGUUCUCAGUUUGGAAAGAAUCGGAAAAGAAUAGCCGAACGRUAUAUCAUUACCAUUUCACCGCUUGGCCCGAUCACGGAGUUCCAUCAGAUCCGGGAUGUGUUCUUAACUUUCUUCACGAUGUUAAUCGAAAACAAGAAUCUAUUGAAGACGCCGGUCCUGUCAUUGUCCACUGCAGUGCUGGUAUUGGAAGAACGGGUACAUUCAUAGUGAUUGACCAGAUUAUAGAACAAAUUAAAAGGCAUGGACUCGACUGUGAGAUUGACAUUCAACGUACAAUACAAAUGGUUCGCUCGCAAAGGUCAGGUAUGGUUCAAACUGAAGCACAAUAUAAGUUCGUUUAUCUGGCGGUCCAACACUACAUCGAGACAUUGCAACAGAGGAUUCUCGCAGAACAGAAAAGUCUUCAGGCGGGCCGGGAAUACACUAAUAUUAAGUACACGAGUGAAGCUGCAGGUGGUUGUGAUACAAGUAAAUUGACGUCCACCGCAUCCCGUCCCUCAUCGGUUGUUAACAAUAUUUUUGUUAAUAGCAUGACAUCAAAUCACACCAUUCAGACCAAUCACUGAAUGAGUAUCAAAUAAAUUAAGUGAUAAAACAAUGAAACAACUGCUAAAUUGAAAUUAAUUGUCAAUACUAUUAAUUACUCGAAUUUUAUCGGUUAAACAUUUUU